UUUUUUUUUGUUAACCCGACGUACGAUAGCGACGUUGUGUUCACCUAGUGUUUGGGUGGCUGUCGCUGAAACAACAACAUAUAGGCGAACUUUUAGAUUUGUUACUGUAUUCGGCCUACUGUUCUCCAUGUUUUUUCCGAAAACGGAGGGCAGCAUGUCUUUUAAGCCGAAUCGUGACCGAUUUUAUAGUACGCGAUGCUGCGGCUGCUGUCAUGUCAGAACGGGGACUAUCAUCCUUGGUACUUGGUACAUGGUGGUUAACCUACUAAUGGGCAUUUUGUUGACUGUGGCAGUGACACAUCCUGACAAUGUACCAGCUGUGGACUUGCAAUAUGAAGUUAUUGAACAUUACUUUGCUUCUGAUAGGAUGGCAGAAAAUGCUUGUUUUGGGUUUGCUAUUUCUCUUCUCAUGUUCAGUAUCAGUGCUAUGAUGGUUUAUGGAGCAAUUACUCAUCGAGAUGGCUGGUUGAUUCCAUUCUUCUGUUACCAGCUGUUCGAUUUUGCUCUCAGCUGUCUUGUGGCAAUUAGUUCCCUCACUUACCUUCCACGGAUCAAGGACUAUUUGGAUCAGCUGCCUGAUUUCCUUUAUAAGGAGAACCUCAUGUCUCUAGACUCCAGCUGUUUGCUGCUUAUUGUCUUGGUGUUCUCAGCUUUCUUCAUUUUCUUAAAGGCCUAUCUGAUAAAUUGUGUGUGGAACUGCUACAAAUAUAUAAACAACAGAAACCUACCUGAAAUUGCUGUUUAUCCAGCAUUUGAAGCUCCUCCUCAGUAUGUCCUUCCCACCUAUGAAAUGGCAAUGAAGAUGCCUGUGAAGGAGCCACCACCCCCUUAUAUGGCUGCUUAAGGAGAAAAUGUCACUUCUUCACACUCCAUUUAAACCAGCUUGCUGUUUUAAUCUUGCAAUACCUAAAUAAACACUAGGGAUGGCCUAUUCUGUAAUAUUUUAAAUCUUACAAUAGUGGGUGAGAGAGAGAGAUACUUUGGAAAAAUAAAAAUAGAUAUGUAUAUAUAAAAUGGCUUAGUAAACUACAAAUGAAGAAUGAAAAUAAAGCUAUUUCAUAGUCAUCUUUUCUAUACCUUUACUGAAGUAAGUGGUCAUUUAAAGUUAGCAUCAUCCAAAUGCUGAUCCAGAAGCGUCCGCUUUAUUUUUGUAUUUUUUGUGUUUGGUAAACAUAUGACUAUUAAUUAGUGAAAAAAACUUGAAAGACAAUCUUAUAUUUUGGGUUUAAUUUUUUGGACUUUAAUAAAUUAAUACAACCCAUAUUCCUCAUAGCACUAUGAGGAACCUACUUUGCACUUUCCUUUCAUAUUUAGCUUUUGUGUACCUGUGUGCCAUGUUACUUUUUGAGGCCUUGUUUGCUUAUCCUUACUCAUUAUAAGUCUUACUUUGACAUAAACAGGUUAAUGUAUUGUACAAUUUGGUUAAAAUUUCAUGCAUUUUAAGAUGAAAGAUUUAAACGUUAUUUAACAAUAUUUGCAUGAUGAUUUUGGUAUUUGUUCUGAUUCUUGUGAAAUACUAAGUUUGCCUCAAUAAAGCUUCAGAUUUUUAAAAAUAA